AUGAGCACCGACGCCGCUGCCGUACGCGUUGAACUCAAGGCUUUCGAACGCGAUUUCAAGACCAAGCAUGGCAAAGACCCCUCUGUCGACGAUAUCAAAUCCGCCGGGAUGGCGGACAGAUACAAACUCUACAAAAAACUAUCCAAAGCCGAAAAAUCUGCUUCUACCUCUACCGCUCCUGCUCCUGCACCAACUCCCAAACACCCGAUCCCACCAAGCACCCCACCCCGUUCCGUUCCCCGUCCACCAACGACCUCUUCCAUCCUCCCCAAAUCACGCGCAGUUGUCCCCACCCAACCCGUCUCGAGUACCAACAACCCGUUCUCUCCCGUGAAAGACAAGUCGAAAGCCCAACGAUCGCAUGCACAUGCUGCUUCUGCGAAAGUCGAUCGUAGACUUCCUAAUCCUUUCGCCUCGCUUCGUAAACCUGAACCUGAGCAUUCAAGAUCUCCCUCUCCAGACCUCUUCCCCCCUAUCUCUCAACGUCAAGGCCAACCCUCUUCUUCCACGGUCACAUCACUCGGACUAGGCGAUCCAACCCUCAAUCACGCAAUAUCCAAAGCGCGCAAACGUCUCCGCGGCGAACUCGUCUCGCCUUCACCGAAGAAACAACGACUCUCUUCCUCUCUCUCCUCUUCUUUCUCUUCUUUCUCGUCCUCUCUGAUCACCGGCAAUGCCAAUACCAAGCCGUUCCGCAAGCUCGACUUUUUGGGGGCUCCUGAUAGUGAUAGUGAUGGCGAUGAAGGUGAGAGUGGGGGAAAGGGAGAGGGAGAGAGAGAGGGCCCAGGAUACUCUUCGUCGUUCAUCGCCCCUUCACCGCUCAAGCCCCCUCCCCGCGGCGCGAACUUCAUUCCUAUAUUCGAAGACGUGGACGAACUCGCUGUCACAGUGCCUUCCGCAAACGCAUCCUCCAAACCUGCUGCUACACCUCUCGCAAGCAAGUCUAUGCCGAAAUUGGGGGACUUGCGGCGCGCGUUUACGAGAGGUGGAAAUGGGAACGGGAACGGGAACGGGAAUAUCUUCGGGGCUAGUUCUCAAUCACAAUCACGACGCGGAAGAAGCGGAAGCAGGAGUGGAAGCAGGAGUGUUUCUGGCUCUUCGGGGGAGGAGGAGGAGUCUGGACUUGGACUUGGAAUUGUCCAGGAUUCUGGCAAUGUGAAGGGAAAGGGAAAGGGCAAGGUGGCUGCCCAAACAAAGACGAACACGAACGGGAAGAUGGAUGGGAAGAAGGAGACGAAACGCACGAGACAAAAACACGCACACGCACAUAUCAAUGGGUUCUCAUUCGGGAAGAUGAAUAACUUGCAUGCCAUUCUCGCCACCGCUGCUGAGACGUCCGAGGAACCUACGAAGGGGAAGGUCUCCUCAUCCAUCCCCACCUCCACCUCCACCUCCGCUAACAUAUCUAACUCGAAUCGUCGGACCUCCGUCAAACGCGCCCACCCCGACUCCUCGCACGAACCAGAAGCUUCAGCAUCAUCAUCGCGUCCCACCCCGACCCCUUCUCAAUUCCACUCUCAAUUCCAACUCCAAUCACAGCUCCUUCCACCCUCUCCUCCCCCCGCUACACACCCAGAUCCAUACUCCUCCACAAAAUCGAAAUACAAAGCCGCGGGUCCGGGGCGUAAGAAAGUCAAGUUAGGAAUAGAACACGACCACGACCACGCUGGAGACGGGGAUGGGGAGAGGGAUGGAGAUGAGGACGAGAGUUCAGAGGAGAACGGGAUGGAUAAUGUACAGGUCCGGGAAUGGAGGUGGCAGAAACAGGGGCUUCGGAGUAGGAGUGGUAAGAACGGGAUGGGGACUGGGACUGGUGAAGGCUCGGAUAUCGACAUCGACGAUCCCAUCCUUCGUUUCGCUUCCAUUUCCCGCGCAGCCCUCGUCGCUUCCUCUUCCCAUCCCACCCAAAACUCUGCACAACACGCACCCACCUCGGACGCCCCGAUAUCCAUCUCCCUCCCCGAUCACCUCCUUCGUCUCCUGGCCAUCUCACCCUCCAAAAGUAGCGCCAGAGCGCGAGAUAGGAAGCAGGAAGGGCUGGUGAGGGGGUUGUUGAGCGGGAAGGGGGGAUAUGAGGGAGGGAGGGGAGGGGAGGUUUGGGGGGUUGGGGAGGUUGAGGGGGAGGAUGAGAUGGGGGAGAUGGGGGAGAUGGACGGGUAUGGGAUGGGGGAGUGGGAAAGGGAGGGAGAUGAGAUGGGGGAAGGAGGGGAGGGGGAAGAGAGGGAAAGGGAGAGGGUGGAGGUGGAGGAGGAAGAUGGGGAUUGGGAGGGGGAGCCGGUUCCGUGGGAGGUUGGGGAGCUUUAG